AUGACCCAUUCCGUGGUUCUACCUUAUCCCAUCGACCACGUUUUUCAUGCCCUUUCUGACGCAGAUCAAAUGGAACGUCUACAAAAGCUCACUCCAGAGGCGCAAAAAUUUUCUCUUCUUCCACCCGACAUUGUGUCUUUACCCCAUUGUGCUCUUUCUUCCUUGACUCACGCCGAUACAAUGCCAGAAGGCUGCCCCAGGGUACGCGACCUCCCGCCAUCGUCACUGGACCAGCCUGCCGAUUCAGAAAUGCGAACAUUUCAGAGGACACAAUUCGAGUUUUCUGGAACCGUUUCAAUCCUGUUCGGACUAUUCAAUCGAGCUCUGUCCGUAUCCGGUGCUCAAAUUAUUGACGAAGAAGCCAAGGUGGUGUUAUUUGAAAGCGGAGUUGUGGCUCAAGGAAUAAAGGAAGUGAAGCUAAGGACAUUCCGUCCAAUUCUUCUGCCUGAUGAUUCGAAUGGUGAGGAACCGAGGAAAUCGGGUACGGAAGUCAAGGAAACAGUUUGGGGUACAAGUCCUUUCGGUUUAUCUCUCUUGCUCAAGUUUCUCGCUCCGUGGAUACAUAGGCAUCAUAUGGAGCUAUACAGUAAAUUGUUCGAAUCUACUUGAAAUCGACUUUUGAGUACGUAGAUAGCUUUUGCCGUACAACGAAAAUGGACUACCCGCAACAAAAUAUACCUAUCGGUCUAAAUCCAAAUAAACCUGUAAUCUGUGCACUCUAGUAGCAAUUCUAAUCGGUCGACCAAGAUGAUGUGCCCGCGUUCUUCUUACUCGAGUCUCAUGUGUAUUGUGAACCAGAAAAAACCGAUUGUAACACUAUUUAACUGCACCUUUCAAAUUGUAAACCUCAGGCUGAAGGUCUCUGAAGGUUCAGCUAACAGACUAAAUUUAGUCGAAAACCCAUGCUUUUG